CGGCGAGGCGUGUCUCUUCAUCCUCCCUCUUUGCCUCGCGAGGUUGCGACACAGACGCCGCUCAGCGUUGACGUCGCGCGACGUCAGAACAGUCGAGACGCUCAAAGCCUCUGUUGGGCAACGAGACAUCUGCGGCAAGCUUCACCUCAAUCUAGCGCUGCAGCCUUGAUAGUGUACACCUCCUGGCCUCGCUGCCAUGCUUCGUCGCGCAAAGAAGAGGGACCAGCCCCUUGUCGAGGGCUACGAUGGAGCGGCAUCGUCCUCGUCAUCGCCGAUGCACUCGUCGCCGCAUCCUCCUCAGCAGCAACAAACACAGCAGCAGCAGCAGCAGCAGCAGCAGCAGCAGCCCUUCUAUCAAAGCCAUCACGGCUCAUCACGGCAUCUCCUCAAUCCUUCACAGUCGACGUUGACCGAGCCGAACAGUGACAGCCGAUAUCCCGCUACUUCUCCCAAGCCGUACCAUCCUCGUCUACCUUCGAGCUCAUCUGCUGAGGCAAUGCCGCCUCCCCAGCCAUCUGGCUAUGCAGCCUCACCGUCGGCCUCGAGCGGCUCACAGCCAAUGGGCCGAAGCCAGUCGACACUCAAUCUCUUCUUCUCCAAGGCAAAGAACAGCAUAACAGGCUCUAGCCAGCAGCAGCAGCAGCAGCAGCAGCAGCAGCAAGUGCCGAAUUUGAACUCGUCCAACUCGUUUGGAUCGCUAGGUAGCUUGCAAGAAGAUGGUGCCGCUGGCUCAGCCAUGUACUCGCGGCCGUCCAUCUCUCUCCAACACCCAGGCGCUUACCCCAUGCCGACCUCCAACAACGCUAGCCGAUCAUCUUCGUCCAAUGACUUCAGGCAAGUCACGGCGAAACCCUCGAUCGAGCUAGAUCAAUCCUCACUCGGCUUUGGACCUACUUCGCCGACGAAGAAGAGCUUCUUCUCCCGCGAACGCAAGACGUCGAUGGCGAGGUUGCCCAACCCGAGCAGAAUGGGCGCUCAACAGCAGCAGCAGCAGCCAUAUGGCGGUUCUGCUGGCGUUUAUGGGCGGGGUCAGAGUGCAUACAGCAAGAGCCAGAGCGACCUGCAUUAUGCCAGCCCUCGCUCGCAGUAUGCAGAGCUACCUCCUCGCAUGCCGACGCUGCCACAAUCAAUCCCAGACGAGAGGAGUGGUGCCAGCCUGUUGACCUCGCCCAGUCUACUGGGAACAAACGGCAUGUCACGCAGCGUCGAGGAUCUCAAUCACCCAGCCCUCUCGAGCUCUUCCAGUGGCGGAGCUACGUCAGCCGGUCCGGGGCCCCGCAGCCCCUCACCUCAACCAGGUGGCGUAAGUGGCAGCGCCGUGUACAGCUCCAGCCCUCGCACAGGCGGCACAUGGGGUGAGCACGGCGUUCCGCAUCAGCAGCAACACUGGGGUCGUCCAUCAGACAUCGGGACCAUCGGGCCCAAUGAGCUCAGCAAGUCUCGACAGUCCUCGGCGAGCGGGUCGGGGAUGGCAAGAGCCAUCUCUCCUAGCGGGUCCAGGCCGGAGCAAAUUCCCUUCAGCUCGGCUUCAUCUCAGUGGCCACCCCAGCGCGGGACGAGUCCGACUCCGGAGUACGCAUCGCCUCCUGGUGCUCACGUUGGCCAUCAGCGCAAGGGUUCGAAGCUGCCUAUGGUCGGGGCCGACGGAUUCUUUGGUGCUGGGCAGGGUGGCGGGAGAGAACGUAAGGCUACGGGGUCGAGCUUGGCAAGCUCGUUCAGCCUCACAAAUGUUGCAGCAGGAGCGUCGAGCGUUAUGGACAAGCUGAGAGGUGGUAGCAGCAGUGGGAGCAUCGCGUCGAUCCAUCAACAGCAGCAACAACACCAGGGCUACAAUCGUGAGAGAGCAUCAUCCUCUGCCGACUCACUCAAGGAGGUCGCUGGUAUCGGUUCAUCGGCACCUUUGCCCCCUGGCUGCACUCAUCAGGGUCUUCUCAACCGCAACGCCAACCUCUCGCUCUCGGUCGCACAGCUGGGCGGCAUCGGGACGAGGGAGCGAGAGAAGGAUGUCACAAAGGGCUGGAAGCCUUACAAGGUCUUGCUACGCGACCACAACCUGGUCUUCUACAAGCCGCCAAACAAUCUUGCUGAUGACGUCAAGGGCUUGUUUCCAAGCACUGUGGUUCGUGGAGCAGGCGACGGUGCGGGACUGUCGCAGGCGUACGCCGGACAAAGGAUAGAUGCUGAUAUGCUGAAGCAGAGCGGGCUGGGGACAAUGGAUCUGCUCAACGCGACAUCCAAUAGUGGCGGGCAGAGUGGAUUGGCGGCAGCAGCAGCACCUCCGAGGAGUGCUCACGCCUCGCCGGCAAAGAAGCAGCUACCCAGUCCACCACCUGCUCUGUCGACUGGCGUCACUGCUACUUCGACGUCGUCCCCGGCCACUACCUCUUCGUGGCACAUGCCCGGCGCUCAUCCAGAAUCGGUACUCGUACCCUCUCGAGAACGUCCAGAGCAUUGGGCACAACGCAUUCACAGCGGUACCCUUGAAGCUCUUGUGCACGAGAUCAUUCAUGCUACCCAACUCCUUGCUCAGGACGAUCCGCAGGACACAGCGACGAUGAUCCAUACAACCCUCUUUGCCGCGCUCUCUAACGGACAUGGCCUCGUAGAGUUCGUCUCGUAUCUGACGACUCAAGUCAGCACCGCCCUUCAGAUCUCGGGAGAGGAAGAGGGUGUUGAAGCCCUACACAGCGCAGUUCGAGGCCGUGCAGGCUGGUGUUUCGACGUCCUCAUCGCCAAAUAUGCCGAUGCGAUUGACCCGCGAACCAUGUCGAUGCUUGAGCAGCUCGUCAGCAGUACCGAAGGCCUCAACGUGGACGUCGCAGCAGCCAUCAAGGAGCAGCGCUCGUCUUCUUCCUCCCUGCCUGCAGGCGUCUCACGCCCUGUACCCAAUGACUGGUCAAAGCACACGCCAGACCCGCCGCGACCCAAGCUGGCUUCGCUCGCUCAAGGGCACUUCUCGGCCUCAGAUUUGCUCUCAUUCGAGCCGGCGGACGUGGCCUCGCAAAUUCAGAUCUUCCAUGCCGAUCGGCUGAGAGCGCUCGCUAUCCCUGAGCCAACAAUGUCUGCUCUCGCGGGCAAGACGAGCGGAGACUCCUCGCCUUCUGCUGCAGAUGCAGCCUUGUUUAGCUUCAGCGGCAGCUCUCCGCACUACUUGACGACACUGAUCCUCCAGCAGGUUCUCGAGGGCUCCGACAGUAGCGGCAACAGCAACAGCAACAAUGCGGCAACCCUCGCCCAGCACGCCCGUCAUCGCGCUUCGCUACUCCGCCACUGGAUCGCCAUUGCCUCUUACUCUCUCAGCUAUGGCGACGUUCUAGCCUGGACUGCAAUUAUGGCUGCUCUCUGCUCUCGUGCCAUCUCACGCCUUGAGCACACCUGGCGCCUUGUUGCUGAGGGGGACCGCACUCUCCUGGCUAGCUCAUGGGCGCCGAAGUUGUCCAAGCUACAGUGGAAUGAGGACGGGAGCUUGCCAGUCGAGCCCGCCGUCUCGAUGAGCAGCGUCACGUCGCGUAAUCCAAAGAGCAAAGAUGGGCGUAAGCCGCAGUGCAUUCCUUUCUUGGGCGACUCGCUGGUCGACAUUCGCGCAGCGGUCGCCACGCAAGAACAACCGCAGCGCAUCCCAAUCGCCUCCCUGACGCAGAGUUCCGAUCGUCUCUACGAGGCUGUCACCAAAUGGGCAGGUCAAUCCUUCAAAGGGUCCCGCGUAGCACCAGACGCGAUCAUCUUUGUUGCUCGUCCAAUUGUUGAGUUUCAGCAAUUGCUGCAGCACCUCUCUUUCCAGUCAGGGACCGCAGCAAAGAGCAUCUCAUCGUACAUCGACGCCUCGCUGCGCCUCGAGCCACGUUCGCUGGGCAACAUCGACCGUAACUGGCGUCCACCCCUUCCUGCCUCCCUCAACGCAAAGACGCUCCUCCCCCUCGUCUUCCCCGAGGCUUUACCCAACCUCGACCUACUCGAUCGACGCCAAAUCGUUGCAGCGGCAGCCAGUGACGACCAUCGUGCCAUGGGCUCAUCCUUGGUCACGCGAGACUUUGAUGCUACCAUUCGAGGGCCAAGCGGUGCGGGGAGCAAGUACGUCAGGUCUCCGCUCAGCGGCACGCCGCUGAUGAGAGCCUCAAUUCAAUCGCUGUCGCGGAGCAAAGCGGCAGCUAUGAGCUCGCCGGGUACGAGAGCGGGCGCUCUGCCUUUCGGGCUCAUAUCAGAGUGGAGCACGCGCGGUCUCUCCACUACAGCGGAAGAGGAGACGAUUCAUCGCAUCGGCAACGAGCUGAUCCUCAAGAGUGUCGAUGACCCACCAAUGUCGCUUCCUUCGACGCCUAUGACUAGCAAGCGCUUCUCGCAGGACUUCGGCAGCCGAGCAACAAGGCCACUGUCGCAGGUCUCGCGUCGAUCCAGCUUGCCGGCAUCGCAGCGGAGCUCUGUCAUUGAGACGGUACUGCCGACUCAAGUGCAAGUCAAGGCAGGAACGCUCGAGCGCCUCGUAGACGUGCUCGUGCUCGGAGUGACGGAUCUGUCCAUCUCCCUCAGCGGCAACAACGACGACGCUUCAGGCCCAACGGACGCGCAGACCAAGGUCUCUCGCCUUUCCCUCGACCUGCAGAAUUAUCGCGCCGCCUUCCUGGCCACUUUCCGCAGCACCUGCAGCCCACUCGUACUCUUCGACUUCCUGCGCAAGCGCUUCCUCGCAGCAGUCAAUGCGGGGCGCGAGUUCGCUGGUCUUCCCUCUGGUCCAAACGCCAGCCGCUUUCCCAGCUGGAGCCUCAUCGAUGCUUCGGCGGGGGCGACAUUGGAGCCAGUGGAGUGGGACUUUGUAAAUCGCGUCAGGCACGGGGUCAUUGCUGUACUCAAGCUCUGGGUCAGAGGCUUUACGCAGGACUUUGUCGACGAGCCUGAGCUGUACGAUGCUAUCGUUGCGUUUGUCAAGCAACAGCAAGCGAGCACAAAGGCGGCUAGAGUGGAUGACGUCGACUUCUCGCGAGCAGUAACAGGCUUGGAAGACGUCACCUCCCUUCUUCGCAGCAGCGCCUUCAAGACGAAUGCCGCCUACAAGCAAGACAUGGCCAAGCGCGCUCAAGCGAACCCCUCGUCAUCCUCAGCGGCUCCCUCUGCACGCGACCUUGACUUUGACUUCGACCAAGCCUCACCUGUCGCCCUUGUCGACUACCUCGAGUCGGUAGCUGGCGUAUUCUUCGACAAAAUCACAGAGCGCGAUCUACUGAUCUCCGCAGAGCUACUUGAACGCCAAGCUCAGGAUCCGCUUGGCUGGCACAUCGUGCGCGAUGCGGGGCCAGACGAGCCGCAGGUCUUGACGAUGUACAAAUUGCUGGAAUUGCUCAGGCCUGGUGGAGCAAGCGAAGGCAGCAGCAAGGCGUCCUCGGCCCCCUCCCCAUCACUAGGGGAACGCAUGCCAGCCUCAGUGCGAGACGCUUGUGCUGCGCAGAGCUUGCUGCGAGGUUGGAUCGCCAUACACAUCAUCGAGACGCGCAUCGGUGUCCAGCAUAGGCAGAACCGUAUCGAGAAGCUCAUCGACGCCAUUUGGCUGUGCAGAGCAAGAAUGCUGCGCGCUCGCAUGCCCGAAGAGGCCACCGCUACUCCAGCAGCCAACGCGGUGCCUCUCGCCGGUGCUGCGCCUAUACAGGACUUGACAGUCGGUUCAUUCGUUGAGAGCAUCAUUGUCGCAAGCUUGACGUCCUCGGAGAGCAGGACGUUCGUCAGGGCCUGGCAGGGCGUUUGUCACGCUCGAGGUGGGACGGGCGAGGGGCUCGAUGACUUGCUGCCGCGCCCAGAUGCGCUGUCUACCCUCAACCAGGCGGCCGCCUCCUCUCCCGCGACUCCUGACGUCGGCUGGCUGCUCAAGUCCAUCGCACAAGCCCUCUCGCGUCGUUCAGCCGUCGCGCAGGCCGACAGCUCCUACGUCGACUUCGAACGCUCGCAGAUUGUGCACAGCCUCAUCGAGUCGAGCCUCUCCCUUCGCAAGCAGCCUGGCGACGGCAACACGCGCACAGUCGUCGAUCCAAAGACAGCUGAGCUAGCGGGUGCCCGACUUUCGGUCAUGCAGACCAAGCUACGCAGGGUCGUCUGGGAUCGCCGGGCCUUCAAGGACGAUGCUGCCCACGAGGCCAGCAGCGCGCCCCCUCUACCUCGCGACACGACUUGGCGUGCAUUCAGGCCGCUGCAGAAGCUCAUGUCCGAGCAGCAGGACAAGCAACAGCGCGACAGGCACGCGUUCGAAACAUUGCGCUCUGCAUUGGAAGCGGCGAAGACGACAGCGUCACGCUCCCCGGCGAUGGGACCACAGGAGAUCAUCGGCCGCUCGUCAACUAGCAGCUCUGUAACGCUGAUGGUACCAGCUGGCGUGGGCGGUGGAGGUAGUGGCUUCCCCUCGGACAAGAAGUCGCGCCGUAUGACCUCCCUCUGGCGCGGAGCAGCUCGACUCGGUGGUGGCGGAGGGCAAGCCCUUGGCGGGGUGUCUGGCGGUGCUACCGACCAUUACGGGCAACGCCCCUACAGCGACCUGGUCUCUGCUAUCCCGAUCAGUCAGAAGCCGUCAAUGGUCGUCAGUCUUGGUGGGGCAGAUGUCACAGUCUGGAACAACACUCAGCGCUCCUUUGUCUUCCAUGUUUCCUCGCUCGACGGGCAACGCAUCCUCCUGCAGGCGUCAGGACAGGCAGAGCUGGCUGACUGGCUCGCACAAAUGGACAAGGCGGUACGUGAGGGUCCUCGUCCGGCCGGCAGCAAUGAUCCGCGUCGUCAAGCAGGUGGUGCCGGGCGCGGAGGGUACAUGGCGAAGAACGCUUCCUCCUCUGCGGCGAACUUCACCUCGCUCUUCGGUCAGGACAUCCCCACCCUGGUCGAGAGGGAAGGCCGGCCCAUCCCUCUCGGCCUGGAGCGCAUGUUCAACGAGAUCGAGUCACGCGGUCUCCAAGAAGUGGGCAUCUACCGCAUCUCGGGCUCCAAGUCCACGAUCGAAGCGAUGGAGCAAGCUUUCCGAAGUCGCCCGCCUGAGAGCAUUGACCUACAGCACGGCGAAUUCUCCGAUGUGCACGCGAUCAGUGGUCUCAUCAAGCUUUGGUUCCGUGAGCUCCCUGAGCCAGUGGUUCCGUUCAGCUUCUACAAUCCGAUCAUCGAGGCUGAAGCGCUGGAAAACUCGGACGAUCGGCUCAUCGCUCUGCGCGACCUCAUCUGGUCUUUCCCCAAGGCGCACUUCGACCUCCUGCGUCGCACUUGCGAGCACCUCGCGCGCGUGGUCGAGGAGGGGGAGAAGAACAAGAUGCUGCCGCACAACAUUGGGCUCAUCUUCGGUACUUCCCUGCUCAAUCCGCCACCCUCGGCUACAAGUGUUGCAGAGGCGUUUGGGCAGAUUGGUAAGAAGGCGAACGUGGUCAAGAUCAUGGUGCAGUACUACGAGUGGAUCUUCGAUCCUGAGCCGGCGGAGGGUGAGCAGGAGGAGGACGCUGAAGGCGAGGAGGCGGUAGCAGGAGAGCGAUCCAACGAGGGAGAGACUUUUGACAAUGCGGUUACUGCUGCGAACCCAGCGACCGGCCUCGAGGACAUCGACGAGGCUGGCGACACCAGCGCCACAAUUCAGAGCGAAGAAGGCGGUGGACUUACAGCAGAUGAGCUGCUCGCGCAGCUGCAAAAUGACGCCUCAGCCGCAGCCGCAGCCUCUGCCGCAACGAAUGCUGGCCUCCUUCCCCGUGGUGGCGGCGGCAGCGCUGAAUCGACCACGGAUGCUCAACACACCCCAAACCCACAGACUCCAGCGCAACUGAGUACGGCAGACGCUUCACUCGCCGGUCAAGCGCUGCAGCGCCCCACUCUCCCACGACGGGACUCCCGCCGCGAGGAGCUCUCCAUCUACCAGGAUGCGGUGGACAUUGAUCUGGGCGAAUCGGCUGCCGUUGCGGUGCGGUCGAGCUUGCUCCCCGACGAGGCCAUGAUGGAUGUGCUGAGGGCGAUGCGACACGAGGAGGGAGCAGGAGCGCAGCAGGCUGGCGGGCGACAUUAGACGCUGUUGCAGGGACGAGGGGGCGCGGAAAGACGUGGGACAGACGAAGCCGUUGUUAACAUCUGAGGACGAAGGUGCCCUCAUUCCCCUCUGCAUGGACAUUUGCCUUACUCGCCAAUGGGUUUGUUCCCAUCAUCAUUACCCUUGCUCCUUCUUCCACGAUCCCUUUCUUCUUCCUCCAUGUUGUCUUUCUUCUUGCCUUGCGCUCUUCUUCUCUCACAUUGAUACCAUUGGUCGAUUCUCCUUGGCCACAGGCUUCUCCACAAGCGUGUUUGAGGUAAUGUUGCCCCAGGCCCGUGGGUCGUGGCGGCGGGCUAUUUUGGCCCUCUCGUAAGAAGGUGGCGUCGCCUCAGCUCACUUCGGCUGCG